CCCUUGUGAUGUCCUGGAGAACUGUUGAAUCGAACAGCUGGGAUUCAGACUGCAGCCUGGUCUCAUGUCUUUUGGUUGUUCCAUCACCGAUUUUGACUAUGGAAAUGUGCCUGUUGCAUGGUCCUCGAGUACUCUGCAAACACACAGAUAGCUUUGAGAAAAAGUUUUACUGUGCUGGUUUACCAAACAAAUAUUUCUGAAAAUGCUGCUGGUGAGCGCUGCAAUGUGCGUAUAUUGCGUGCGGAGUUCAUGUUGCCACAGUUCAUGGUUACAAACAAGUAAGAUUCUAUCUAUAGCAAGAAGUUUGCAAUGACAGCUUAUUAGGAGCCUGCACAUAGCAGCAAGUUUGUCUAUGCUUAAGUGUUCCACUCUUAGUCUGGAGAGCUGUACUUUCAAACCGAUUCAUGACAUUGUUUCUGUGGGGGCUGGACUCUGUAGUGAGAGACUGAUUAAGCUUUGGUCUGUUCUCCAGACUGGAAAAAAACUCUUGUUGUUAAGGCAAAAGGCUUCCCUUAGAACAAGAUUGCUAUUUAGACUUUCCUGUGCUUUAUCUCAGUUAGCUGCGUGGUGCAUGAGUAUGUUCUUUAUGCGUGUCUUCUGAGGGGUACCUUUAAAAUGUCUGCGUUUACAAGCUGCGGUGAAUUAGAGGGGAGUGAGUGUAUAAGUAAAGGGAGGUUUUUGAAGCCCCUUUUGCCCCUCCUCCCCCUUUACUCAGCACUGUCAGAGUGAAAGAUAGGAUUGAUUAUAAAUGCCUUUAAAAAGAGGAAGGGGAGGAUCUCAUUUCAGGUGGCUUAAACUUAAUUUAGAUAUGUAUUUAGAGACUCUCCUAACAGUAUAGUGGGAUGUUUAAUAGAAUGACUUUGUAGUGGAUUGUUGUUUUGUAAUUGUGUGGUUCAGACUUGGACUGCACUGGAGGUCACCAGAAACAACAACUGUGUUUGAAGGUCCAGUUUUCUUUAUGGAAGAAGCUAGACUCGUGGGUAAUGUAAUCUUGGAGAAGAAGUUGUCAACUUCCUGAGGUUCUGUUUGAUCAUUAAGAAAGAGAACACAAUUGAAAAAAAUGAGGUGUUUUGACCUCUUAAGUGAUCUCUUCUUUUCUUCUACCCAGAAGCUGGGUUCAUGAACAAAAGAAAACAAGCUUGAAUUACACAGUGAAUCUCGAAAUGAAAGGCCCUCCAGGGUCCACCUCCAUCUUCCUGUUCCACUUGAUCUUUCAGAAGUGUUGAGCACUAGUUGAUGUAAUUGAGUUUACUGGAGCUCACAAAUCACAAUUACUGAGUGCGACUUUAAAAAACAAAACUUGUUUCUAUCUCUCUAAUCCCUUUCCCACAGAGUUACUGGGAGAACAGGCUUUGUAGUAGGUCUAGGAUAACAACGAAUCUGAGCUCUGUUUGAGACUGAAGAGAAUUUCUAAGUUUUGUUUAUAUAAAGAACAGUAUGCAAAGUUUUAAUUAUUAUAAAAGUGUUCUAGAGUUUUCAGAUAUAUUCAAUGCUGCCUUAAUGAUUUGUGCAUGUAAAUACCCUGUAAUUGAAAGCAUCCAUUUAUGGGCCUGACUUGCUAAGUGAGCUGUAAAUUCUGCUUUUCAGAUUGGAUUUAAUGACUUUUAUCAUAAAGCCACAAACUGGUUGUGAACUGUGCCGACAGGCAAACAAUACCUAAGCUUACUUUGCCAAAAUAUUUGUAAUUGUUGAUUUGUUAAACUGAAUUGCUGCAGGUCAUGCGAUGGGAUUAGUUUUUUGUAAUAGCAUAGAGAGUACAGGCAGCCCUGUGUUCAAUACUCUCUGGGCUAGAAAAAAUUGGCUGCUGCUGAAAAUCUUCCUAAACGUUGCUCUCAACUUCCAGUAGAGAAACUGUAUAACAAAGAGUGAGGCUUCAAUCUGGAUGACGUUUUGUCAUGGUUAUAUGUGUUUGACAGUCGUAGUAAGAAGACCAAGAAGAGGCUGUGAGGGAGUGGUUCUUGGGUCUCGUAACAGUUUAGUCUGGAGCUCCGGCUUGGUUAAAUUACGCUGGAGCAGUAUGAGCUUAACAUAAGGCACUCUUCAGUACAAAGUGAAGAGAGCUCUGCUUAUCAAGAGGAGUGUUUGAAGAACGUUUUUUAGGCCUAUUUUGAAAGUGAACUUGACUAAGCUAGUUAAAUGCACUUAUUUAACAAAGUGGAGAAACUGCUAAGCUAUAUGGAUGAAGAACAAGACAGGUACCUGAUAAUCGGGUCCGUGACUAUUCCUGUCAGAUUUGUCCCAGGAAUACUUACUUUCUAAAAUAAUCAAAUUGACACUUGCCUGUUACGCAUGGAAAAUUUUAGUCAAAACAAAAGAACUGAGAAGACUUGCAAAACUGCUGCCCUUUGGAAUGUGUAUUUGGUGCUUUUGUGGAAAUAUUACAGUCCUUCAGUUUUCAGGGGCAAUUCUGUGAGUUGGUUCAUAUUAAGUACAUGCAAGAAAUUUGUUGCUUUGCGAAGACAGGUGGAUUGGCUAACUACAUUCUUCAUAAUAUUCCUCUUUUGUAGUUCUAGGAGAGUUGCUAAAAUGCUUCAGUCCUAUUAGUAGCUUAAUCAAAGGUUAUUAAAAUUAAAAUCUUGUCUUUCUCAUGUCUCUAGUUGCAAGCCAUUUUAGUAUGCUAUGAAUGCAUGUGCUACUUUCAAUGUGCUAAUGUUCUAAUAGCAACAAAGCUUUUCGUUAUUAUAUUUGUCUGUAAUUUGCAGUUGUCCUUAGUAAUUGAAAAAAUUCCAGCUUCUGAAGCUUUCAUAACAUCAAGUUGGUGCUUAUUUUAAUUCUGGGUAUGAGAAGCGUAAGUUUUCUCACUUGAUUCAUAAUCAAACUUCUUGAAAUGAGUGAGAGGAAAAAAGUCUAUUUUAAAAGUAGGUGGGUAAUUCUCUUUUCAAUGAGCUAUAUAAAAUAAUGCAGUUAUGCAGAAUUGUGAGAUGCAUUACAAUACUAGAGCAUAAUAAAUUUAAAGAAUUAAUGUGUCAGUUGAGUUUCUAAGUUGGCAUGUUACAAAAUCCUCGUUCUAAAGCUGUCCCAGAGGAAGAAUUUUCUUCACUGCUGUCCCCCGAAGUCACAAGCAGCCUGCCUUGAACUUCAUCUGCUCAUGUCAAAGCUGAGCAAGGACCUUGGCUUUGCUUUGUGGAGCUUUGGCCUGUGAGCUGGCCAGAUGGAGCUGCAGGCCAGAUGGAGCCCCUUGGGAGGGAGCUCUUUAGAGCCACUCCCCACUGGUGGCCUAAUUGGCUGAAAAGCUGAACCAGGGUGGGGGUGAGGGUAUUGCUCAGCAGGGCUGGAUUCCCCUUCCCUCUCUUCUCCACCCCCACUGCCAAAAUUGAAAAAUCCCAAACACCCCAAACCUACUGAGGAACUAUUUGAAGCUGACCUACUCCACCCAGAAUAUGGGGGGAGAAGGAUGCGCGUCAUCUUUCGUCUGUGGUGGUUCCUCAAACGUACGUAAGCAAGCAGCUUUGAGGUUCUCUAGUAUGACAAAACUGUAGGUGUCUUCAAUAUGUGUUUGUAGCGGAAGAAAGAACGGGCCCUUCUGGAAUCUCAAAAGGCAGUUUUUGGAGGGGAGGUGAGUGCAGGGGUAGAAGUAAAAAGUCUUCUCUUGUCUAUUCUACUAAAUGUAUUAGCUAGACUGUAUUCUAUCUGAAAGUGAAAAGAGUGGCUUUGGUUUUAGUUUGAACUUCAUGCAGAAUUUAGGUUUCCUGUGAACUGAGAUCGUUAACAUUGGGGAAAACUUUCUCAGGUUCCACUGAAAAUAAGUUGUCCUAUCACUGUUUAGAACAACGGUCUGAAGAAUCUAGAAGCAGAUCAAAAAUUAAUUUUGUUUUACUUCUGUUCAAUUCAAGAUGAAAGACUUGUUUUAUCAUUUCUCACAGUUUCUCUAACUCGUAACGAAUUUGCAUGAACGUAGUUGGCAUUUAUAGUACUACAUAAGCUAUGCCCUUUAAAACUUCAACUUUUAGGAUUGCUGUGUCUUGAUAUUGCCUUAAAUAGGAUAUGCUUCAGUAAAUGUUACCUUAUUUUAAAAUGCCUAAUAUCGCAGGGAGGCAUGUGAAAGGAAAGGGUGUAUCUUCUAAGAGAUCUGAAGCAAUGUGCCCUUGGAUGAGAUUCUUUAUCAAUUCCACCAAAUUCCAGGAUUAAUGAAAAACCAUUGCUUUUUAAUAAUGCCAUAAAAAAGAGACAAAGAUCGGGAGGAAACGAACUUCUAGACUGUCUCAAAUGCCACAAACGAUUCUUCCCUCAAGAGCUUAACUUCUGUCCUCUUUAUUCGAGAAGAACACUUGCAAAUAAAAUUCCUCUAAGCCAGAAUACUUCUAGUAAAACCAAGAAAGAUCAGAUUUCUUUAUUUCAAGUUUAAGAUGAAUAAGCAGAUUGAUAUGAAAUAUGUUGCAUAAGGUUUUAGAAUACAUUAGCCAGGAAUCACUUGAUAUUUUUGGUAGCAGCAGUGUGUUUAUAGUAUGUUCCAGACGCUCAGGAAAGGAAAUUUUCCUUGAAGAUUUUAAUUUGUUAGCACGCUGCCUUUAAGGUUUUCUUCAUCUUUUAUGCUUAGUUGUUGCUGGGAUCGUGGGCUUAACGCUUAAUACUUGUUCCAGAGAACUACAGUAGAAUGGAAUAAUAGCAGACAUGACUCAAACUGUUACUUAAAAAGUUGCCAACUAUGACACUAUGUUUGAUCGACUAUAGAAACAUGUGCAUCAGGAAACAGAAGUAUACUACAGGGGUAGAGAUGAACCAGAUAAGACCAAAGUUAGGCAAUUUGUAAAUUUUCCAGUUUUAAUCUGUUUGGAAUCACUCUGUUUUUAACUGCACGUGCUCUCUAUGCGCAGCAAUCUAAAGCAACACUUAUCUGGGCAAAACUGAGUGUUCAAAGCUACAGUUUUAAGGCACAAGUGAGUAUGGAAAGGGAUGAAAUAGUAGCUGUCUGCUUUGUUUUACAUUUCUGCCUUGAUACUAAUAGUUCAUCUGUAGUUGAGCUUAGAAAAGGCUCUUGAGACUCGAUGAGUAAUUACAGGGAGACAGUUGAUAUGUUGAAAUGUUGUGAAAAUAGUGCACAGGAAGGCAAAAGACCCGAUUGUUGAGUAUAACAUCAGGCCUCAGUGGAACAGAAUGAGCAAAGGAAAGACAGUGCAAAGAAUGAAUGAUGGGGAAGCACAGUUGUCAAGGUCCUUUAAAAAAAGGCCUUAAAUGGGUAGUUAGCAUUUGGAGAUGGUUGGCUGUGGACUACAACGAAUUCAUGAAGAUUAUAUCACCAGGAAGAAGAGUUAUGACAGAUUUAGCAUGUAUUUAGUCUGCAGCCAUCUUCAUAAUGUGAAAAUAUUUCUUGCAGUGUUGGCAAAGUUUAUUAUUUUUGGUGGGGGUGAGCAUUUUAUACCUUUUUAUGGAUCAAGAAAGGAUACAUGGAAGAAGCAAUAGUAGAGGAAUGUUUUUUAGCAAGUAACAGAGGCUAGUAUCAACAGUGAUGGUGAAUGAGAAGAUGAUGCUUUAAGAACAAAAAUUAAAACUCCUGAUGUUACUGUAUCAACUUGCAGGCAGAAAUUAUAGGUGAUGAAUUGAAAUGGGAUUUGCUGGUUGAAAAUGAGCUGUAGCAAAGUGAUUCAUAAAUCCGUAGGUCUAAACAUGGUAGCUCAGACUAGACGGACAUGGUUACAAGCUAACAAAUGGUAGAGGUGCAUACAAGAAGCCAUAGGGAAUGAAAGUCGAAGGGGCAGAUUUCUGUUUGAGCUUCUGCCAGACGUUCAGCAGCAUGGAUGUGCUUUGCAUUCUCUAGCUACGAGUUGCUCGUGCGGUGUAGAUUUCUAUUUUAUACUUAAUAAUAAUGUUGGUAGCUUUAGGAUAAUAUGACCAAAAAGACAAGUGGCAAACAUAGACUGUAGUCUGAUUUAAUUCUUCUGCAGUCUUUCGAUCAGUUCCUCUGCCAUUAUCUUCGGGUACUUGUAACUUAAUUGAAGAAAUAAAGCUUUCAGGCUUGGCCUCUCUCCAUAGGAGCUUCCCGAGCUGUAUGAGCUAUGUUCAGAUGCUUUGUUUGUGACAAAAGGCUGAUAGUCCCCCAUUUGUGGGGAUGAUGUGAUUCAGAUCUACAAAAUCAUGAAGUUUGUGGACAAGAUGAAUAUAAGCAGCUCUUCAGCAAAGCUUGCAGGAGUAGAGCAAGAGGCACUUCCUGCAACUAGGAAGAGAUCGAGUUAAAACAGCUGAAAGUCCUUCUUUACACAGUGGGCAGUACACGUCUGGUGCUGGUUGCCACAAGAGAUCGUGGAGGCAGAGUGUAUCAUCAGGUCUAGAAGUGAUUAGAUAAAUUUGUGGACAACAGUCCGUAAAUGGCUACUAAAUGGCAUAGGUAGGGAUGUAGCCUCUAACAUUGCUGCUAUAAUGGUUGUGGAUGAUGAGGGGUUAGGAGGGGAAUGGGCUACAUAAGGCAGCCAAGCUCUUGUGCUUUCCUUGAAUAGCGUAUCCUUUUGCUGCUGUUGGGGACAGAGCCCUAGGCCAGAUGCACCAGUCUUCUGACCCAGUAGGGUAUAUCUUAUUAAUUACCUUAUUGCUGCGUUGUCCUUGCAUAAUUUUAAAUUUAUCUAAAUUGCUCAGGAUUCAAGCAAAACAUGCCUUGUACUUUAUAGUACCUCCGUUAGGUUUGCAGAAUAGUGUAACUUUUGCAGAAAUAAAGCCAGCUGAAAUAUUCUGUUGCCAGGAGUCUAUCACAAUUGGUUGAGGUCUUAAGCUGGAUGAAGUCCUGUCCUACUUGUGUCACGUUCUCUCUGCUCAGCCCUCUAACGAUAUGAGGUCACUACUGGAAUAACUUGGUGAAACUUGCUGGCACCUGGCAUGCUAGAAGGAAGAAGCUAGUUUAAGCUUCCCAGAAUCUUAGACUGCCGCUGUGGUGUAUAUUUAUUUUUUGUCAGCUGUUAAGGCGCAAUAAUCAGUGUAAUAAAGGAUUCUUAAAUAUAUUCCCUUGUUUAAAAAAAAGUUGUUUUAAUGUGAAAAUAGCUAAUAUACAUGGGGGUAGCAGAUAAACCUGUUUUGGCAGCUUCUAUGCAAACUAGACUAGUAAAUAUGUAUGUAGAGGAACUAGUUAAAACAAUAGGUAAACUAUCUGGAAAGUGUUGAUUAUUUUGUUCUGAACUGACAGUUUUGAAAAUGGGAAGGCUUUCACUUUUGAAUGUGUCAAAAUAGCAUAAGAAUUCAAAUGUGAAGAACAACGGAUAUGUAUGGGGCUUCUGAACUCUUCCCUGCGGCAAGAGUUGGAUCACUCAAUGUCAAUUUGAAGCAGAAAGGCAGAUUUGCUUUUUUUUUUUUUAAAGCACCAGAGAAUACAGAAAAUCAUAUAUCUAUAUACAUGUAUAGAGAUAUGUAGAUCAGUGUUAUGUCUUAAGGGAGAAUACUGUAAAACUGGACACCUCAUCUCAAAGGGUAUUGUGGAGCAGAAAAAUUAGAUAAAUGCAUUGAGAAUGUUUUUAGAAGGCCUGAAAGAAUACACAGUUUGUCUUGGUAGUAAAUGAGACCUUAGUGAAACGUAUUUUAUGAGGCUGACAAUCAAAGAAAUUCUGGGGCACUGAAAGGUGUCAAAUUUGAACCUAAAGAGCAGGAAGUAUGCAUAUUAUGUGGAAGUGAGCUCCAUAAAUUUGAGGAGAAUUGAGGUGUGCAUAAGCAUCAGUGCUGGUCUUCACAGUUGCCUACUUCUGUGAGCGCUGAAAUUAGCGUUCAGACUUUAAACCAUCGAUUCCUAGUGUGGCCUUUGUGGCAAAAUAGCCCCCUUCCGUUUAUUUUUGGAAUUUCUUGCAUAUGCCUCUGAAGCAUCUAAUGCUGGCCUUGCUCAAAAGUUGGAAGUCUUUUAAUAGAGUUCAGAGCAACUGCUAUUCCAGGUCGCACCUGGAACAUGUAGUCCAGUUUCCUGUUUCAGAAGCUUAGUGUGAGCAUUUCUUAAAACAGCAGAGGCUGCGUAAGCCUCCCGUUUUGUCUCUGAAGCCACUUGAGGUACUGGGUUAAGGGUCUGACUUGUUCUACUGCGUGGCCCACAAACAGUUCAGAACAGGUGGAAAUGGGAGUAAGACUGAUUAAUUUGGCUUUUCCACUAGAAUUAAUUAUCUAAUGAUAAUAAAGUGAAUGCUCAGGUUGCAAUUCAAGAGAUGCAGUGAACUGCUAACACCACUGUUGAAGGCUGAGGCUGGGGCUGGAGGAGAGUCUCAGUCUUCCAUCCAUGCUUCUAUAAAUUGUCAGGUAUCAACGCUGGUACUUACGGUACCAUGUGUGAGCUGAUACAACUUGUUAACCUGGAAGAAAACUAACUCGGCAAAAAAACUUGAUAAUUUUCUGCUAGGUUAGCCAGCUGAGUCUGCGUAGAAAGGUCUAGCACCUAUCAGGGCUAGUGCAGAGGAGGAGGUGAGGAGAAAGGAGGAAACAAGACCUGGAUUUCUCGUGGCAAAAAGCUGUUGCAUUGGCUUAGUUCCAUGUGAGGCUGUAGCUUGAGUGUCCUAUUCAGAAUUUGAUUUUAAAGUGUUGGAUAUUGAAUUUAUUUUUCUUAUUUGCAGCACCGAGGACUCCAGUAUAAUGGUUUUGCAGGCUACAAAACCUGACCUGCGAUCAGGUUGAACACAAUUGGGCAUAAUUCUUCUGUUCUUCCAGUAAUGUUAAAAUAUUGAAGUUCUUCUUGUAUUGUCGUCUUGUAUGAAAAUGAAUACUCUUGGUUUAAGGUUGAUGGAUUAUUUUGAGUCUCUUCCCUAAAAUUAGCGGUGUUUAUCUUGAGUGCCUGUUAAUCAGAACCCUCUGUCUCCUGGAGCCCACACAGUUGUACUUCUUGCUUCAGUAAUAUUUUCAAGUGGUCUCAGAAGCUAUUUUAUGAAGGUUAUAAUUUAAUUGAAAAUGAAACAGCCUUUCUGUGGAAUGUUCUAUUUUGUGCAGGUCAAAAAUUUACAAAUUUAAGUUAUUAAUACAAUGUAUCUUUUGUUGACUUUUUGGUUCUCACUGAAACGGCUAAGGUAAGACAAAGUGUAACUCAGUCAUGAAUAUUAUAGCCUUAAAUAUCUUAAAUCAAGAGUGUUGUUUUGCAGAUGGGGGAAAUCUUAAUAAAAUGAAACUGGUAUAUUUUGAAUAGAAGUGAGAAAGGUGCCUCUGCAGGAUGGAGAGACAUGUAAGGUACCCUGAAAGCUCUGAUCAAGUAGCUUGAAGGUGUAGCAUUAGUUCUUAGCUAAAGCAAGAUCUUUCAGCUGACUGAACUAACUCAUACAGCUAUGGGUUUUGAAGUUGGGAAGCGAGGUACCUUUCUGAAAUUCAAAUGCCCAGUUGCUGCUUGGGAAUAAGAGUAGGUUUUGACAUUUGGCUUUAACGCCCUACUUUUGUCCACAGGAUCGUGAUGUCCUCAGGCAAGGUAUUAUAGCUAUCUACCCAAAAUAAUGCAGCUGACUUGGGGCUUAUAUUCUAAUACCUAAAGCUACCCUAAUAGAAGCUGCUACCCUCAUAGAAGCUGCAAAACCAUGAAGUUUUUUUACUGGCUGUUAUUUCUCUUUUGAAUGAUUUGAAGUGUAAUUUGCAGUGAAAGCUGAACAUAGCAUCCCUUCUAAUCUUUCAUUUUAUAUAGACAAUCUGAUCAGGUGGUAGAUAGUGAAUGAAAAGCAGUCAAAACUGAAAACAGACAAACAGUUCCACAGCUCAGGUACCUGAAAACUCAGAAGUUAAAUAGCCUGCAAAGAAUUUUGAAAGACUUCUGAUGAUUUCAAGUGAUGUCACUUGGGAAGAUUCAUUAUCUGUAGGCCAUUGUGCUCUGAAUUGGAAGUAGAAAAUAAGCUUAACCCCAAACUUUGAAAAUUUCCAGUGAAUUCCAGUUGAUGUCCCUAGUGGAACAAAAAUUGAUAGUUAUUUAAAUCAUGACAAACGAGACAAAAGGCUUGCCAAAUGGCUGGCUGUUGUAAGACUUUUGUCAAGCCGUAAUGACUAAAUGAUGUUCGAAAUAGUUUUGCUUGGUAAGUUAAUUUGGAGCCAGGCAGAACAUGCAUAUCUGUAUUUACAAAUUGUCAAUCAUUUAUUAAAAUUUUCACAAAUGACUGAAAUCAACUAAUUUAGAUGCAAAGCUAGACUAAGUUUAACUCUUGUAGUUACUGAAGUGAGUAGACUUUAGCCAGGAAAGAUUUGAGGAACAAUAAAAUACCUAAUCCAACAGUAAACUUGUCGACUAAUUUGCACAAGCUGAUGAAGGAAAGGGAUGAGGUGCAGAAAACUUGCACGUAAAUCUCAUUGGUGAAAUAACUAACCAUGAUGUAGAGUAGUCCUGAACUAUUAUCUGGCUUAUUUGGGGAGGCUAUGUCCUAUGGUGUUUGGUAAUGAAGUUCCUAGCAAGGUAUUUGUCUUAUGUAAAACCUCACUGCUAAUGUGUCUAUUUUGGUUUGUGUUUUUAGGGCUCAGACGGGAAUCUCUAAUUUAUUGCGUGCUGAGUGUUCUGUCUGGUGAAAAUCAUGUCGUCCAUAUUGCCAUUCACUCCACCAGUUGUGAAGAGACUUCUGGGGUGGAAAAAAUCUGCUGGUGGCUCUGGAGGGGCUGGUGGUGGUGAGCAGAAUGGUCAGGAGGAAAAAUGGUGUGAAAAAGCAGUGAAAAGCUUGGUCAAGAAGCUAAAGAAAACAGGACAGCUGGAUGAGCUUGAGAAGGCAAUUACCACUCAAAAUUGCAAUACAAAAUGUGUGACGAUACCAAGCACUUGCUCUGAAAUUUGGGGACUGAGUACACCAAACACGAUAGAUCAGUGGGAUACAACAGGCCUUUACAGCUUCUCUGAACAAACCAGAUCUCUCGAUGGCCGUCUACAGGUAUCUCAUCGUAAAGGAUUACCACAUGUUAUUUACUGUCGCUUGUGGCGCUGGCCAGAUCUUCACAGUCACCAUGAACUUAAAGCAAUUGAAAACUGUGAAUAUGCUUUUAAUCUUAAAAAGGAUGAAGUAUGUGUAAACCCUUACCACUACCAGAGAGUGGAGACGCCAGUCUUGCCUCCUGUACUAGUGCCACGGCACACCGAGAUCCUUACAGAACUUCCACCUCUCGAUGACUAUACCCAUUCCAUUCCUGAAAACACUAACUUUCCAGCUGGAAUUGAACCACAGAGCAAUUACAUACCAGAAACACCACCUCCAGGAUACAUCAGUGAAGAUGGAGAGACAAGUGACCAGCAGUUGAACCAAAGCAUGGAUACAGGAUCUCCAGCAGAGCUGUCUCCUAGUACUCUCUCCCCAGUUAAUCAUAGCCUGGACUUGCAACCAGUUACUUACUCGGAGCCUGCAUUCUGGUGUUCAAUAGCAUAUUAUGAAUUGAAUCAAAGAGUGGGAGAAACCUUCCAUGCAUCGCAACCUUCACUGACUGUAGAUGGCUUUACAGAUCCUUCAAAUUCAGAACGAUUUUGUCUAGGUCUGCUUUCCAACGUAAACAGAAAUGCUACAGUGGAAAUGACAAGGCGACACAUAGGAAGGGGAGUACGUCUCUACUACAUUGGUGGAGAAGUUUUUGCUGAGUGCCUAAGCGAUAGUGCAAUUUUUGUUCAGAGCCCCAACUGUAAUCAAAGAUAUGGCUGGCAUCCUGCAACCGUGUGCAAAAUUCCACCAGGAUGCAAUCUAAAAAUCUUUAAUAACCAGGAAUUUGCUGCUCUUUUGGCUCAAUCUGUGAAUCAGGGUUUUGAAGCAGUCUAUCAACUUACUAGAAUGUGUACUAUAAGAAUGAGUUUUGUUAAAGGUUGGGGAGCUGAAUACAGGCGGCAAACGGUAACAAGCACUCCGUGCUGGAUUGAACUUCAUCUGAACGGACCUCUACAAUGGUUGGACAAAGUAUUGACUCAGAUGGGCUCCCCUUCAGUACGCUGUUCCAGCAUGUCGUAAAACUCCUUCCUCCGUUAUCAGUGGGCUAAAUAUUGAGUCCAGUCAACAGACUUAAUAUAGCAGCUCGUCUGUCGUAGUAUUUGUGUGUGGUCCCCAUGAACUGUUUACUAUCCAAAAAGGUUUUUAAAAAAAAAAAAAAAAAAAGAAAACAGCACUUGAGGUCUCAUCAAUUAAAGCACCUUGUGGAUUCUGUUUCCUAUACUCUGAUACUAGAUGAAAAUUUAGUGUAUAGAAGCACCUCCUUCAGAAAGAAGAAGGGACAGUUCUAAAGACUCUUAAUGGUGUUUUUAUUGGGUAUAUAAUUGAGUGUCCGAAUGGUUUAUCAAUAACAUGAAUAGUUAAGUAUAUGUACAGGUAAUGUAUCAUGAUCUCAAAUAUCACAGUAUUGUGCUGUUCUACAUUUUAGUUCCCAUAAAUAGAUGUUUGUUUUUUUUGAUUGGGGCAAAUCUCUCAAAAUUCCAAGACUCUACUCCUUUAUUCUUUUAUAUUUUUUAUAUAAGCAGGUUUUCGAGUUGUCCUAAGCAUAAAAAGCAGACUUUCCUUGUAGAAAAGCUUACCUUUUUGCUGCCUUCUUAAAGAAAAAGAAAAUCCCUCCAUUGGAAGGGAAAGAAACGUCUGAGAUUCAUCUGUGAAAUCUUAAGACACUUUAUAUGCUUAAUGGGGCCUAAAAUGAAUUCAUAUUAUAAAUUCCAAGUAUCCAUCACACUAGGAGUCUACUUUUCCCUACCCAUCGGAGUUGAUGCGCCUAUUGCCAGCAAUAGGUGCACUGACAUUGCUGGCACUGAUGCAUUUGGGACUUUUUUUGUAUCUUGAAUCAUUGAGAUCAGUGUUUUUCUCAUGGAAUGAGAAUUUUUAGUAGCAUUGGAUACUGGAUUAAAUAUACAAGGUUAUUGGCUAACCCCUUACAUCUGUAUGUUUUAAUUAAGCAGAUGUCACUAAGAAUCUUAUUUUUUAGCUUUUGAAGCCAAACACCUUGAAAAAUCCUCUCCCAGGGUAAACUAGACUCUUUCAUAUAGGUUUUAAAUAGAUGCAGCUUCUUAACAUAUUUCAGUAACAGAACUUAAAUUUAUGAUCUGAGUGGCUUUGUAUAGCUUACUUACUUACCAGAUCAUAUGCAUUCAUUAUGUCAUAAUGGGCCUUGUUAUUAAAAGUAGUUGCUUCUGCAAAACCUCUAGGAUAGUGGUUGCUGAGGUAUGACCAGCGAAGGAGGACUUCUAGGUUCUUCAUGACAGUGCAUGUUAUUGUGAACCCUUGGACACUACAGCUGCACCAUAUUAAAAAUAUUCUGAAAUAUAUUCUACAAAUAAGUCUGGGUUGGGGAAGGGUUGGGAAACUGUAUAGAAGGGUUAUUCUGACUUGAAAAAAUAUACAUCUUACUAACAAUCUUGUGAUCUAGCUGUCUGUCAUUCUUUUGUUAUUGUGGCAGUAGCAGGAUUGCCUUUGUCUGUUUUUUUUUUUCCCCAUUUUCAUCCAUUACACUAGUACUGUACUUUGUAAGUACAGCUAGUGAUAACUUAGCUUUGAGAACAAAAAUGUGGCCAGUGUUACAGCUUUUAAUCAGUUGACUGAAUUGAUCAUAGUGAUGGAUAUUUUUAUGCCAUAAUGACUAGGGCAUAGAAGCAAUACCAAAAAUCAAGCCUUGAAAAAGUGGGCCAGACAACUCUUAAAAAUUGGCAAAGCAGUUACCGGUUUGUGCUAGUUUUACCAGUAGACUAAUGUAUUGGUAGAACUUGUGAACCUAAGAAAUAAGCUUCAUGCGUGUUGCAUUUGCCUAAUAUGUGAAUACACUAAUAAAAGUUUUAAUUCUCA